AUGUCGAAAAAGAUAGAAGAUUUUUUCAAAAAGGUUCCAAAGUCUGAUGUUGAAGAGUCUUCGUCAAAUAUAGCCGAAUCGCUUCCCGAUGACAAAUCAGACCCAGUCAAACUUCAGCAAGAACUAAAAGAAGGACCAUGUUGUGUUGACCUAGCUUGCGAACAGUUAACAGAUCAAAUAAAGAAGAAAGUUUUGUUAGAGUCCUGGGAUCAGUGGCUCGGUUUUCCCUUUCCACAAAGAAAAGUACAUGGCCGCGAGAGAAUAUUCAACUACACCUGGUUGAAAGAACAUCCAUGGAUGCGCUAUUCCGUCUCCAAGGAUUCAGUUUAUUGCGUGCACUGCUUCAUAUUUGGAGAUAAGUCUGGAAAGGAGAGGCCAUUCAGAUCUCCAGUAGAUGACUGGAUCAACCUUUCCACUUACGUCAAGCGUCAUGAAGCAGAGAACUCACCUCACCAUGGCUGUCAGAUUUCGGCGGAUCAUUUUAUUGAUAUUAUGACUGGAAAGGAUGACUCAAUUGUAUCAAAACUCGACUCUUCUCACAAAGCAGAUGUCAACAAAAACAGACACAUAUUGAAAAAGAUAAUCGAGGUGUUGCUGCUGUGUGGUCGGCAAAACAUUGCAAUCAGGGGGCACACUGAAGAAAAGAGCAAUUUUUGGGCAAUUUCGAAUGUUCUGUGUGCAGAUGAUCUUGUGGUCCAAGAUCACAUCUCCAACCCUAACGCGCAGUUAAAGUACACAUCUCCAGAUAUCCAGAACGAAUUAAUUGAAAUACUGGCGUCUCAUGUCACCAAAGCAAUUACACUUCGAAUUAAGGAGUCACCGUACAUCGCCGUUCUUGCAGACGAAUGUACAGACAAAUCUACCAAAGAGUAA